CCAAGCCUGGGGAUUUCUAUAAAAUUACCAGGAAAACAGAAUAUACUCUCAGAAAGAUCGAUGAUUAUGAUAACGACGCCUCCAAGCAUUUUCACAAGCACUUGAAGGAGCUUCCAUUUUCAACUGCAAAGAGAGAUGGGUACCAUUCCUUGCUUCCAUUUUCAACUGCAAAGAGAGAUGGAUACCCUUCCUUGCUUCCAUUUUCAACUGCAAAAAGAAAUGGGUUUGUCCUGUUUAUGGGCUGAGUCUUGUUGCUGUCUUGUGCCUUGUUGCUUAUAGUUAAUUUUUUUUCUUUCUCUUUUUUCAUUUGCCUCUGUAGCUGUUGUUUGGGUAAAAUGUGUAGAAAAUCCAUAGCCCGUAGACACCCAUACUUUAGAGGUCAAUCCAGUAGACAGUCUGAGGCUCCUAGGUCCCCCUCCCAAGACCCUCCUGCCUCUCCCCCCUUUGAGUUUCCUGUAGUUAGAGAGGAGGAUCCAGCUUUUCAGCCUUUUUCUCUCAGGUUUGUUCAUCCUGGGAGAACAAUUCAUGCUAAUAGUGUUCAGUUCUUUCGCUCUCAGGGAUUCCUUCAGCCCUUCAGAGUCCAGGGUUGGGAGCACCUUCUUAUCACUCAAUCAGACACCCAUCCUAGGAUUGUUAGGGAGUUCUAUGCAAACCUACACACCUUUACCCGUCACACUCCCCCCACCUGGUCAGUUUUGUAAAUGGUCAGAGAGUUUUCCUCACUCCUGACAUCAUUGCUCGGCAUCUAGGUGUCUCCAACUCUGGGGCUGUUGUCUCCACCACUCAUAAGUGGAUCACUGGUGAGGCCUCUUCCCUUCACCAGACUAGGAUUAUUUCAGGAGACGUAGAUCGUGAGGAGCCCUCUAGGCUUAAGGCCUGUGACCUCACCACUCUCCUUAAAGUUGUUCACCACAUAGUCACCUAUGAGGUUCUCCCUAGAGCAGGUCAUAGGACUGCUUUAUCCUAUUCUGACAUGUUUGUAGUAUCCUGUCUGCUAGAGGGUCGAGCCCUUAACCUGCCCCAUAUAAUGAUUCACACUAUAGCUGACUCUCUUAGGCUGAGUAGGGGAUGUCUCCCCUUUGGUCGUCAUCUUACUCUUCUUCUCCGAGCCCUAGGGGUUGACCCAGGUACCGAGUCGGCCUUACCUUUGUCUAGUGAGUACACCCCCUACACUGAGGCUACCCUCCACCACAUGGGUUUGACUAGGAGAGGCAAUGAAUUUUAUAAUUCUAGGAGAGAUUUUGCAGCCCGCAGAGCAGCACAUGCAGCAGCACAGGCACAUGAUGGUUCUGAUGAGGAGUCAGAUGAUGCUUCUCCUACUGAUCUUGAGACAGAGCGAGCUCCCCGAGGCGAUGCUAGUACCGGGCGGUCCACCGAGCAGGGUACAUCUUCACGGACUGCAUCUGAUCUGUAUGAUGCCAUGGGUCGUCUGGAGCUGCAGGUUGCUCAGAUAUCUGAUCACCAGACUCAGAUAUCUGAUCGCCAGACUCAGAUGGAGCAGCAGUUAGCAUGACUUACAGACCAGCAGCAGACCCUGAUCGAGCAGCAGAGCCAGAUUUUGCACCUUCUUCAGCAGUCAUCUGGAGUGCCACCUCCUCAGCCUCCUCAGUGAUUUUCUUUGUUUAUUUAGUUACUCUCAUUUUUUUUCUCUUCUUUUGGUAUUGUAAUAUUUUUUAUUUUUGAUGAUGUCAAAAGGGAGAGAAUGGUAUAAUGGUACUCUUUUGGUUUUAUGGAUGUUGAUACAUUGAUAUCUUUUGGUUUUAUGGAGAUUGAUACAUUGAUAUCUUUUGGUUU